UAUUUAGGUUUUUGAAUGCGGACUUAGUGUAGAAUGGGAUCGGGCAUAUUCAUAUUUACGCUCGGUUUUCUACUACAAAUCGCCAAUUCGAUCGUCUUUCAAGGUUCGUGCUCAGACAACACAUUAUUAUGUGAACAACUGUGUGUGACACUCUCGCCAGAAACAUACGAAUGCGGUUGUUGGAACGACCACGUGCUGCUUCCGAAUGGCAUAAGCUGUAAAGUUAUCACAACAGCCGCAGAAACGACUAUCACGACUACGGAGCCAAAUUCGGCGACAACUCGUCUGAAACGUGACCGGACCAUUUGGCCAAAAGAGAAAGACACGGCUCCUUUGUCAUUUAGCGGGCACAACUUUGCCGAGUUCCCUGUCCCGGCUACUUCGUAUCUAGAGACAAACGUCACUCUCGAGUUUCGAACAUCAGAGAAACGCGAUGCAAUUCUGUUCUUUGCUGGACAAUUCAACGCCGAUGACUAUAUCUCACUAGCUAUUAUAGGACCGAAUAUAAUUUUGAGGCAUGACUGCGGCGAGGGAGCAAUCGAGGACAUGUAUCGUGGUCCGUUUGCUGUCAACGAAUGGCAUUCGGUCACCGUAUGGAGAAAAUUCUGUGAUCGAACACAAAUGAAAGUCGACACACGACCGUUGAUGGUGGAUCUGACAGAGCAGUUUAGGUUCUACAAAGGAAUAAGUAUGGACGAAGGAGUUUUCCUCGGUGGUGCACCUCCGAAUAUAGAUGCGUUGGAGAGCAAAGUUGGAACAACGAAUGGUUUUCACGGUUGUAUCAGAAAGCUAAUAAUAAACAAUGACGUGCUGUUGGAUACGGAAAAUGAAGUGAACACAGCUGUAAACUUGCAAGAUUUGGAGUACUGUAACCCGAUCACGCAGACGCAAACGGCUCCACUUCCGAAAAUCCGAGAAAUCGACUUGUCCACUGGCAGGCUUUACGAACACGCCGAACUUGAUUCGGAAAAGUCACAGCCACAUGAGACGACGCAUAUUUACACAACAACAAAGCCCUCGACAACUACGCCAUUAGGAAAUGCUGUAACGAGAUAUCCAGAAAACACAUUCAACAUCUCCACAUCGGCCGAUGACCUACUCCUCCUGCCAACCCUAAAAGUAGCUGAAUUUUCCGGCUCGUCCUUCAUCACCUUCCCAGCCCCUCACGACAUCGUCGACUAUCUCGAUCUAAGAAUCAACUUCAAGCCGAACAUUCACAGUGGCCUUCUCUUCUUCUGGCAGGAUGCUGGACGAUAUCUCGCUGUGUUUAUGGAACGAGGAUUUGUCAAUGUGCAAGUGACGAUGGGCUCGGAUACGGCAAUUCUCAGGUCCGAGUCACCCGUAUUAUUGCAUCAAUGGCACAAAGCAGAAGUUUGGCGAACCGGAAAAGGCAUCCUUAUGAAGGUGGAUCGCCAAUCCUGGGUUGAAUCUCAAUUAUUGUCCAUUGGUGAAGUACUCACUCAACCUGGUAUGCUCUACAUAGGCGGAUACGAUGGUACAUUACCUGAUCACCUUGCUAUGAUACCUGGAUUCCAUGGAUGUGUGAAGAAGGUUCGCCUGAAUGGAAAAGCGGUCCUGCUAAGGGCUGGAAGCGGACAACACGUACGUGAAUGUGGAAUAGAUCCGUGUGCUAUAGCAGCUUGUCCCCACAGCUGCACUUCCAACAAUGACGAUUUCAUUUGUUUAUGCGACUGGCCGCAUUAUGGUAGAACUUGCGAACAAGAAGCCACAAGAAUAUCGGCUAUGCGCUUUGGUGGUCAUUCCUACUUACAAUUUUCGGAUGAAGAGCAUAUGAAUCAAAUAACUGGAGACUCGCUCAAUAUGGAAAUCAAUAUAAAGAUACAAAACGCUAGUGAUGAAGAUGGCUCAGCCAAGAGCCAGCUGCUUGCGUUUGCUGGUGAAAAUGGUAUUACCGGCGACUUCUUCCGCUUACUAAUUACCCCGGAUCGUGCAGUGCAAGUGAUGAUGAAUCUUGGCUCCGGCUUGGUCUCCCUGACACACCCGACGCAGCUGGUACCGAACAGAUGGGCGCGGAUCGAGAUUGUAAGAAAACGACGUCAACUCACACUGUCAAUCAAUGACGCCACACCAAUUACAACUGUGGCUCCAGGCGAAUCUGAGCAGUUGAACGUCUACAAAGGACUUUUCAUAGGUGGAAUGCAUCCUGAUGCACAACAUCUGGACGGUUUCCGAGGUUGUAUAGAGUCGAUCGAGAUCGGCACCGUCGUGCUCGACCAUCCAAAACAAGCGACGACCGCUAUAAACAUACAAGAUUGUGACUUGUAG